AACAAAUACAAAGGAGGUUGUUUUGAAUGAAACUUUCACAUUGAAACCUUCGAAAUCACAGAAUGGCGACCGAAGUUGCAGAGGAAAAGAAAGUCGACACUGAGUCUAAAAGAGUGCACACAUAUCCUUUGAUAAGACACUCUGAUAUGAAUGAUGAAAUGAAGACAGAAGCUAUGGAAUUAUGUGUUACUGCUUGUGAGAAAUUUUCUGCAAAUAAUGAGAAUGCAGCCAAAAUGAUCAAAGAGACAAUGGAUAAGAAAUUUGGAGCUUCCUGGCAUGCAGUAGUGGGGGAAGGCUAUGGUUUUGAAAUUACACAUGAAGUGAAAAAUCUGUUAUAUAUGUUCUUUGGUGGAAAUAUGGCAAUUAUGAUCUGGAAAUGUUCUUGAUUUCCCUAUUGUAUCAGAAAGACUGUGUUAAUAUCAUUGUUAUAUAAUCAGCAUUUCUUUCAGUUUUUAAAUUAUUUUGUGAGAGUAUUCAAUUUACCAUGGAUAUGCUGAGCUUUACUCUUUUUGACUCUUCAAUUUUGAGGGAAAAAAUGCAGAAGUUUUGGAUUGUCAUGAAUUGGAAUGUUAGUUCCUCAUUCUCUAUAGGUAAAGAACGGUUUCAUGUAAUGAGAUGAUGAAAACUUAUUCGUGUAAUUGAUUUGCAACAUGAUUGAUCAACUCAACCCUUACUGAAAGUAAAUAAAAUAAAACGUCAUAUACCCUUGUCUCCAAGUAAUUUAACUUAAAGCUUAAGUAAACUUUACCGGCGAUGGGGUGUAUAUUGAGUAAUUAUGUGGCUGGUAAACUAGCUGCUAGAGUUGAAAAGCUUAAAGAAAGAAAAAGCUUAGAUGUCCAUGGUAAAUUAAAUGUAUGAAGUUUGCCCAAAAAUUGAAACGACAUAUGCUGUUGUGUAUUUUUAUCUUAUACUUUUUUCAUUCCUAAUAAUAUAUGUCAUGUAUAUUCACCAAAGCAGAUUUAUCCAAAUAAAUACCUUUUGUGAUUUCAAAAUGCCUUACCCCUACACGACAGAGUUGAAAACAGAUCACUUGUUGAAUAUUCAAUAUAUUAUAUGUCCUAAAUGUAUUUGAAUAUGGGAUUAAUUUCCCAUUGACCAAAGCUGAUGCACUUUCUCAGUAGUCUAUAGUAGAUAUUAGUCCAGAUAUUUAAUGCAUAUUGACCGAGAGACAUUUUAAAAUCUAAAUGAGAACAGUCCAUAUUGUUUUAGGUAGAAUAAGUGGUUUAUAAAACUUUAUAAGGUGUUUGUGUUACUAUUUAGACUACCUCAAAACAAAGUGCAUGGAAAUCUUUGACUCUAUCCAUUUGCAGUAUAUGCCUUGAAAUGAAAAUAUUAGAAAUCUGUUAUUUGAAUUUAGAAGUGAAACUGCUGACUGUAAAGCUCUAUUUUGAUCUUUGAUAUUUUACUUUUGUUGACUCAUUUGAAUUUGUAAAUAUUCUGCCUUUAUAACAUUCCAAGUUAAAAAGUAGAGUAGAUUAUUUCAUAAUUUAAUGUUAUAAAAUUCAAAAGACAGUUUUGUAUGAAAUGGUGAAACUGAUGUAUGAAGUAUUAUUUAAUUUAAAGUUUUAGAGGUUGUCCUAUUAGAAUAGAUAUGAAAACAUUCCACUUUAAAUUGUUCCCUUCCCCACUGAACUCUGUCCACUUCCUUCCCUAGCUUAUAUUUAUAUUAUACUAAUAUUGUAUAUAUUGAAAUUUGUUUACAUUAAAGUUUUACAUAUUUUA